CUCGGGACAAUACAAACAAAACGAAAAUUUUUAUUUGGAGGGAAAUUUGACUUUGUCUAAGUCAUGUAUUGUGUUCUAAAGUAUAUCGAUUAUCUGCAUUAUAAGAGAUACCUGAAUGAGUCAGUUUCGACUUUAAAAAGCAUACGGUCUACAGAGGCCGAUCCGUAUAACACGAAGCUGUACUUUAAUCCGAACUGCAUUCUUCAGCUGAUACUGGAUUAUAUAUGCACUGAAGCGCAUAUAAAUAUAGACGGUGAUCAUUAUGACUUGUGUAAUAUAAACGGCGAAUUGUUGCAUAUUCAGGACUACAAACCUACAAUCAACGGUUUGACUAUUUUUCAUCCAAGAGAGAGAUAUUUUAUUGUUGUCAUCAGACGAAAUGAGACUAAGACCGAGAUUGAAGAAAUCGCACCAAUGUUGAACCCAAAUAGUGACAUUUGCGCUAUACUUGUUAACAACAUAAAAGGGCAAAAUAUUACUAGGAGAAGGUCAACUACACUAAGGCCAAAAAGCAGUACCGCCAGCAAACGCUCGCACGGUUCUAAAACAAGCAAUAGUUCCAAAAGUAAAAGACCGCCCAGUGCAAAUAUUUAAAACAGUACUUUUUAUUCCUUACACUAUUUUUCAUAUUUACAAAUAAAUUUUACAGCUUGCUUUUAGUUUCAAACUCCUUUUCCCACGUCUUUAGAUCUUUUUCUCUUAAAUUGGUAG